AUGGGCAGCUCCAUGAUGCCCUGCAGCACUGCCAGACCCCGUCUGGCGCAGGCCCUGCCCGGUAGCGCGCGCCUGGCAGCUUCUGCCGCGCCCCAGACUGCUCGGCGGCGCACGCUCCUGCGGAUAGCGCCCCAGGCUCGCCGCGGCAGCCUCGACGCAAGCCUUGACGACACUACCACAGCAAACGUUGCUGCGCUGGAGCAGCUGUACAUGGCGGCCGCCAUCCCGCCCGAGCGGCUGCCGAUGCUCAGCAGCUCGCAAGACGUGCAGCAGCUGCUGAGCAGCGGCAGCCAGCAGCCCCACCCGCACCACAACGAGGAGCUGUGCGGCAAGAUGGUGUGCGUGGAGCACACGAUCGAUGACGAAACGGGAGAGCCUGUUGCCGACGAGGCGGCCGACCCGCCGCCCAGCCCCAGCCUGCUGGGCCGCCUGUUUGACAUGCUGCCCGUCAGCAAGCGCACCCGCGGCAUCGUCAUGCUCAACUUGCUUGUCCUGCUGGUGGCCACCAACUGGGUGGUGGUGAAAGACGUCGGCGCCAGCUUCGACCCCUUUGGCUUCGCCUUCCUGCGGUUUGCCGUGGCGGCCCUGGCCUUCUCGCCCUUCAUGAAGGCCGCGUCGCAGGACAGGCGCAUCAUGAGUGCCGGCAUCGAGCUGGGCGUGUGGACGGCGGCGGGCUACAUCACCCAGUCGGCGGGCCUGCUGACCACCGACGCCUCCCGCGCCUCCUUCCUUUCCACCUUCACCGUGCUGGUGGUGCCCUUCCUGGCGGGCGUCACGGGCAAGGGCGUGUCCCUCGUCACCUGGGCCUCGUGCUUUGCGGCGCUGGUGGGCGUGGGGCUGCUGGAGCAAGGCGGCGCUGCGCCCGGCGUGGGCGACAUCUGGAGCUUCUUGUCGGCGGUGGCGUUUGGGGUGCAGGUGUUCCGCACCGAGCACCACGCCCGCCAGCUGGGCAACGGAUCCAACCUCAGCCUCAUGUCUGUGGUGCUGACCACCACCAUGCUCUUCUCGGCGGUGGCCGCCGGCAUGGCGCACCCCCAGGCGCUGGCCGACAUCCUGCACAACCCUGUGCUGGCAGAGGGCCUGUUCAACAAGGACACCUUCCCCUGGCAGCAGGUGCUGUACUGCGGCCUGCUCACCACCGACCUGGCGCUGAUGAUGGAGGUGUUUGCGCUGCAAGACGUGUCCAGCGUGGAUGCCGCCAUCAUCUAUACCCUUGAGCCCGUGCUGGGCGCCGCCUUUGCCUGGGUGCUGCUGGGCGAGCGCAUCGGGUCCACGGGCAUGGUGGGCGCCGUCAUCAUCCUCGCCUCCUCCCUUUUCUCCCAAGUCAUGGGCGGCGGCGGCGAGGCGGCGGCGGAGGAGCCGGCCGCGCUGCCCGCCGCGAGCAAGGACGAGUGAGGCGGCGCGCCGCGGCACGCGCCGCCCCGUCCAUUCUUUGUUGCGAGCGAAGCGAGCGGGCCCCGGACGCCGGCCGGCCAGGCUGCGGCGCCGGGCCCUCGACGUGCCCCCCCACGCAAUAUAGAGACUGAUGAGAGAGCGCGGCCGAGCCCCCGGCCUCCCCUUUUUUGUGUGUGCACUACCCCCCGUCCCCUCUUCUCCACCCGGCUGCCGCGUGCCAGCUGGUGUUUGCAGCGGGACCACGCUCCUUGCUGUGUGUGCGAGGGCAGCUGAAUGCUGCCCCAAGUGAGCGCCUGUAGCCCGAAGGGAGCCCCUGCAGUUACUGUGCCGCCUGUGUGCGGCACGUACCUACCCCGCCCUCCCGCUUGAUGCAAUUCAACCAACGAAUUGUUUGCCAGAGCACCGUAAUUUUGUUCCACCCCUAACCUUUCUGAACCUGAUCUUGAUUUCUCAUCCAAUGAACGAUGCCCCUCUUUGGCCUCCCUCCCAUGCUCCGUUUCCCCCGCCCCCUGUUCUUCGCUCGAGAGUGUGGCCCCUUGUUGCCCCCACCCCCGCUGCUCACCCUCCUGCAUGCAUACACACGCGCGGAGUGCUCAAGCCUACGUAUGAAACCCAUGCAUGCACUCUUUUUCGACCUGCGUGCCACCUGCUACUUUGAGGCCUGAGCGCGUGUUGCCCCUCUCCCUCGGUGUUACUCCUGAUCCAGUGCCAGCUGCCUCCCUCCUUCUGAGUGCCUUUGCAUGCUACAUACCCAUUCCAAUUUUGAAGCCUGCUCAUUACGUUGGACAUGUAAUGCAAAGAGAUUG